GGAGACUGAGGUUCUCCUCCUCCUCCAAAAAGAGUCAGACAACACAAGCCCGCUUCGCCAUCAGCAGCUUCAUUGUUGCAGGAUCUGGGUCCUUUUAGAAAUAACUGUGGUCAUUUUUUUUUUAAAGAACACAGCCUUAACCAUAAGUGGGUCGCUCUCUUUGCUAGCUGUACGCUCACGCAAGAGAGAUGAGUCAGGCAGAGCAGGCGCCUGCGGACAUGCCUGCAUGCCAUGAAGAUGAGCCAGCAGCUGCAGACAACAAGGACCAUCCAGUGGCACAGCCGGGCAUGUUCGGCAGGUUGGCGGGGGGCUUAUACGGUGCCACCAAGGGAGCUUUGGGAGCAACAGUGGGCGGUGUGACCUGGAUAGGAGGAAAGGGUCUGGACCUCACCAAGACUGCUGUCACCUCCGUAGUCGCCGUGCCUGUGAUGGGAGUAGGACUGGUUAAAGGGGGAGUGUGUGCUGUCGCUGGAGGAGUGACUGCUGUCGGCUCUGCAGUAGCCAGCAAAGUUCCUAUAGGGGGAGGCAAAAAGAAGGACAAGUCUGACUGAUGCAGAGACGCUCAGCUGAGUGGUAACGCUCGCACUGCGUUUCACCUGAUUCAGCACUGUUGAGCAGAAAAAGAGCAAUGGGAGAUUCAGAAGUUCAGUGUGCACGUUUUGGUGUUGGUUUUGUUUUGUUUAGUUUCAUGUGUGUGUUUGUUGGUAAAACCCACAUCCAUAAAAUUAAAUGGCAAUUUUUUUUUAAAUCAAGCAGCAAUAUAAACACUCCACUGCUGCUGUUAAAUGCAAACACCAGACCUUUCUCCUGUGCCAAUAAAAUGUUCGGUGAUGGGCCGCUACACUGCUUCCAUUAGUAACUUUUGUACAAGAGGAAAACCAGCACUUAUGAAGUAAAAAUUUACUUGCAAGACAAUCAGCGAUCUGUGAUGAUGUGUUUAUUCCGAUUUUAUUGCUAACUGGCAAACACUGUUACUUUAUGUGGAAAUUCUUAGUGUGUCUUUUUUCCUUCAUGUCCUUUCAUUUAAUCAGUUGUUCACAAAUCAGAAGGUAUGUCUAAUCAAAGAUAUAUCAGACCUGUAAAAGUCAUUGCUGGUUGUUGAUAUUUCAUUGGUGGGUUUUUGACUGAUGUCUUUUUUUUUUCCUGUAUUUUUCAGCUUAGUGAAAUGUUUUUGUGUUUUCAUACCGAUCCUGAUAUAUUACAAUAAAUACAGCAUUACAGUCUAAAAUUCAGAGCUUGUUAAUUGCAAUGAAACCUUUUUCCUGUUUCAUACAUUCACUACUUCUGUUAUUUAAACAUUUUUCCACAUACUGUCUGCAGUCCAGUAAAGUUUUCAUCAAUGCUUUGUUUGUUUUUUGUUUGUUGCUUUGUUUACUGCUGUGUGGUAAAAAUGUGACAGCUGGAUUUCUUUGAAUUACAUUCUCCGUUUCAAGUGUAAAGUACAUUUUAAGCUGAAAACCUGUGAAAGUGCAUACCUUUGAGCUCCAGUUAAGUAGCUUUCAGGCUUUGUAUCAUGGAGAACUGAGGUUUGACAGCUUUUGUAUGAUCAGUGUUACAGAUUGUUAGAAGCCUUUUCAAACAUGGCAAAUAUAUACUUAGAAUUUUUUUUUGUAAUAAAAUAUCUGAAAGUCA